CCCGGGCCACGCGACCCCUAGUCCUGUACUCAUCGGCUCCCUACUUCCACUUCAAACUGGCUCCCUCUGGACUCAAUGUCAACGUGUAAACCACAACACGAUUGGUUGACGGCCACUCUGACCUUCGGCCUCUGCGUCGGACUCGUGAUUUCAUAUGUUCCUCAGCAUUAUCGAAUCAUCCAUAAUGAUUCGUCCGAGGGGCUCAGUCCAUGGUAUUUGCUUCUAGGAACUACAAGCGCUACCGCUGGGUUGCUCAACAUAGUGACUAUGCAAUGGGGAAUUGUCAGGUGUUGUCGUGUUCUGAGUAUCGGGAGUUGCAUUGAGAUGACUGCUGGAAUUAUUCAAGUUGGGUUGCAAUGGAGUAUGUUCACGCUCAUUUUUGUGCUCUACAUGAUAUACUACCCGCCUCAUCUUCGGUACCAGGGACGCACUGAACUCCACGACUCCAGACCCCCACUCGGAUUAAGGAAGCCCAGGAAAACCCCAGAGUGGAGGACUUCAAUUGCGCUUAGCUGGGUGGCUGGUGUGCACUUCUUCGUAUCGGCCUGGACCACCUUAUUUCUCUUACUCACAUUCCCACCGGAUAUUGCUCCAUCGCCUUCACCAUCUCCUGAACCCAUACCGUUACCAUCUCCCGAUUCACCCAUAUCGCUUUCAGUAUCUCGAUGGGCAACUUUCCUUGGGGUAUCUUCGGCUGUAUUCGCUGCGACUCAGUAUAUCCCUCAGAUUGCUCAUACCGCACGACACAAAGUCGUAGGGGCUCUGAGUAUUCCGAUGAUGUGUAUACAGACACCAGGAGCCGUGUUGAUGGUACUGAGUAUUGCACUAAGACCAAGCACCAACUGGACCUCGUGGAUAACUUUCGCCGUUGCAGGUAUCAUGCAAGGCACCCUACUCUUAUUGUGUAUCUGCUGGAAAUUCAGACAACAUCGACUCCUCAUUGACGAUUUUGGCAAUCCACUACCCGAAAAUCCGCUUUACGACUCACCUAGGUCGACUCCCAUCCUCGGUCCGAGCGGAUUACCGUCCUCGCUCGUGGCCUCUCAUCCAGCGGCGGACGUGGAUGUUCCAGGGCUUGUCGUUGACAGCGAUUCGGAGCGCGAGAACGAUGAUAGUGAAACUACCAAGAGGAGAGCUAUGACAGUCGCUCUCGCGAAUGCUCUAGAGUCUGCUGUCGAAAGUGAUGUGAGGAGUGAUGGGGUAAGAGUGGUGAGGGAAAUUCCUAUUGAUGUUGACGAAGCUGGUAGGGAAGAACGAACGCCGCUUUUGGGCAACGGAAGGAGAAUGAGGAGAAGCACUUAUGAUGCUGGAAAUGAGCCUGCCGACCGACAAGGUGAAGGUGGCUGGUUUGGCUGGGGGAAACGAUAACCUUUUGAACCUGAUCAGUCUUCAGUGCUUUACAUGAUAUUUUUCCUACAGAUUUAUCAUAAUACAAACGAAUAGAUUCCGUGAUGACUGGAC